UUAAAUAAAGUGGCCACAGGCAGAACUAAACCGCUCCAUGCACAAACUCAUGACAUAACAGCAAAGCCGAAUGGAUUGCAGUCUAUAUUAUUAUUAGACUUGCCCUUGUAUAUCUGCCCUUAUAAGUUAGUUCUGAAAAGUUACGUGACUGACACCACAGCACAUUUGCUUUGAAUCUGCGUAAGAACACUCAGCACAGGAAAGGAAUACGCGUGGAUGUGGGGGGAGGUGGUGUGUAUGUCGCGUCAUAUCGCCCGCCGCUUUGUCAUUGGCUAGCUCCCACUCACCAGACACCAGCGCGCUUGUUUUCUGCAGAGGAAGCACGCCCGAGAGAUGAGCUUUGUGUUAAGGAAUGAAACAGCCAACAGCGUUGUUUCCCUCUCUCGUACCUCAUUAAAACGAUGAUGUGACCAAAUACGCCAAUGACUAAGUCUUAGCGCAAACAGUGGCCACAGCUGAGAAUUAUUUUUCAGGUAUCAGUAGUGCUGCUUAGCCGCGGACGCCAGGAUCGCAACAGACAGAGAGGACGCUGUUGUCUGGUGAUCACGUGCCAAAUGCCAAGACUUGAAGGACACUGUUGGAGUUGCUCCUGUGCAUCACGGAUGAAAACGAAAGACCUGUCGAGUGCCAGUUGGGUUUCAUCUAAAGCAGCAGAAAUGAUGUCCAUCAUCACCUCCGUUAUGCGACAUGCAUAUGGGUCGAUCCACAGCAUCAAGUCGGCCAACCUAAUACGGCGGGGGCUUGUGUUGUUUACCGUCGGAGUAUUUCUAGCGCUGGUGCUGAAUUUACUACAAAUACAAAGGAACGUCACUCUGUUCCCCGAAGAAGUGAUAACAACUUUGUUCUCGUCAGCCUGGUGGAUCCCACCGAGCUGUGGGACAGCAGCAGCUGUGGUUGGCCUGCUCUACCCCUGCUUGGACAGACAUCUUGGGGAGCCCCACAAAUUCAAGAGGGAGUGGGCCAGCGUGAUGCGCUGCAUCGCUGUGUUUGUGGGCAUCAACCAUGCCAGUGCUAAACUGGACUUUGCGAACAACGUGCAGCUGUCUCUGACGCUGGCGGCCCUGUCGCUGGGCCUGUGGUGGACGUUUGACCGCUCCAGGAGUGGCUUCGGCCUGGGCAUCACGACAGCCCUGCUGGCCACGCUCAUCACACAGCUCCUCGUCUACAACGGCGUCUACCAGUACACCUCUCCAGACUUCCUGUAUGUGCGCUCCUGGCUGCCCUGCAUAUUCUUCUCAGGAGGUGUGACGGUGGGAAACAUCGGACGGCAGCUAGCUAUGGGUUCCGCAGAGAAACCUCACAAGGACUAAGGUGACAAGACGGUAGAGUUUAAAGGUCAAAGUUCGCAGAGGCAGGGGUCCGGGACGGGACGAGAUGGGGUGGGGUAGGGUGGGGUGGUUGAGACCUCACCAGUGGUCCUGGUGUCCCUCCACCCCAUCGCCCCCUCCCCUCCUUCUCCAUCGUCUCCAUAUAACGGGACUGCUUAGGAACCCCGCAAAUGGGCUGCACUUCAAGUCCUUGGAAGAACGACCCACCAACCAACCAACCCACCCACCUACCACACCCUCCCUCUCAUCUUGUCUAUACUCCUGUUUCCCCCCUUUCUUCUUCUUCUUCUUCAUUGUUGCUCAUUAAGAAAGAAAAGAAAACAAGUAUGAUGAAAACAAAAACGAGAAGAAAAGACAAGCAAAAAGAGACUUGAGAAAGAGAACUGUUGGUUGAUUUAAAGGAGGGGAGCAGCACUCUGAACUGACCCACUAGUGCCAUGCCCUGUGCACACCUCCUCCUCCUCCUCCUCCACCAACUCCUCUGUGUGGCCAAAACGACCCUCUGUGUCCUUUCCACCACCACAGCCACCAAUACCACCAUCACUGCCUCCCAUCCAACCCUGCCUUCCUGAACACACACACACACACACACACACACUCACACACACGCACACACACACACUCACACACACGCACACAUACAGCUCCCAACGUCAUUGGCCUUCUAUCUCUCUCUCUCUCUCUCGCUCUCUCUCUCUCUCUCUCUCUCUCUCUCUCUCUCACACACUCUCUCUCUCACAAACACACACACACAUCUGAGAACCUCAUCAGUUGCCUGACAAUUGUUGUUCGGGUGCUUAAAUGGUGGUUGCUCAGAUACAGUAGCUGAAGAACUUGCGGCUGGCUCGGCUACCUAGCUGUGAGAAGAACAGCUGAUGGGUUUGGGGGAUGGGGAAAAACAAAAAAAACAAAAACAAAACUCAGAUGGUGGUAAGGUGAAGGUGGACAACAAGGGGAAACGAUAGACGGCGGUGCUUAAUGUUGAGCGUGGGAGUUGUGUGUUUGAACAAGUGUGUGUGUGUGUUUUAUUUUUCUGCUGGAAUCUAAAACGAAAGGGAAACAUUUCAGAUCUGUGAAAGAAAAAUGUCUGUUUUCUGUGUGCUUUAGUUCGUUUUCGAGGGUUGUUUUUUUAUUUUCAUUUAUUGAGAAGAGAAUAAAAGAUGCGAAAGGCAAAAACAGUACAGCUUAAACCAGAAGUAUUUCCAAACUGACGUUUUAGUUUUUGUUUGUGCCAACGUGAAGGAACAACAGAAGGAAGCUGGUUAUGGGCGCAGUGUAGGCACAGGGCGCUUAGUGUUUUUGCCUUCGAUGGGUACGCCCCUGCAAAGAGACUCAGCCAUGGCACAGCACAUGGGCUGCAAAAGAAAGAAAGAAAGAAAGCCUGCCCAAAUUCCUCUCCUCCUCCCUUUUUCCCUCCCUUCGCACCGAAAGGCAAGGUGCCAAAGUUCAUCCAACUCUCACUCUGUCCCAUUCAUGAAAUGGAGCAAAACGAUUUCUUUUAAAAAGUUCUUUAAAAAAAAAAAAAUCGCAAUGCAAAAAUUCUCCAUUUUUGCGUCCAGACAGAGUAGCAGCAACUAGGCUGAACAUUUUGAAAAAGAGAGCGCGUUGUCCUGAUUCUCAGAAACUUAUGGGCAUUUUUUUGUUUGUUUUUGUGAUUUCCAGCAGCCUCGACAAUUUGCAAUCUGUGAUUGCCUCGUGUGAUAGAAUUGAGUGCUUUUGUCACUAUUCCAUUGUUUGUUUAUUAUUUUUUCUUCCCUCUCCUUUUUUGUACUUAAUUGGUUCUUGCUGUUUACUUUUUUGUUUUGUUUUUGCUCACACUUGUAAUCACUUUUCCAUAUAAUCAGAAAGGUAUUACAGUGCUCUAGACCUGACGGUAGUUUGUAGUAGGGUUUGGGGGUCUAUAUGCCGAUGAAGUGCAAUCCAAUAUGUACGUAUGAGCCUGGUAUUUUCUCUAUUUAUUAUUAUUUUUUGAUGUUUAAGAAAACAUACAGACAGUGAGACUCAUAUGCAGUGUGAGGAAACAAAACCAAGCAAUAAUAGUAGUGAUGUAUCUCUCGUGUGUUUGCGUGUGUGUGGGUGAGAGUGUGUGAAUGUGUGUUUGUGUGUGUGUGUGUUUAAUCCGAAGGUACAGUACAAUGUAAAACCAGAACAAGAGAUUACUUUUGCCUUUUAAGAGUUACAAAUAAAGAUGUAAUUAUUCUCAUGUGUAUACCAAUGACCAUUCUCACUGUCGAGAGAAAACUAUAGUGUAUUCAAGUUGUACUUAAGAUUCAUUAGUGCAAGUCGGGGAACACACAUUUUUAACUGUAUUUCUGGCCACAUAAUUCACUUAAGUGUGCUGUGUUUUUGAAGGGCUGAAGGAAAACGUGUGUGGAAAGGAUUUUAAAAGAUUUUAAAGGAAAACAAAAAGUUGUACGAGAUUCAGGUCUUUGCUCUAUUCUAGUCUGGAUCUCUGUAUUCAAGAGUUGUAAAAGGACUGGUUGAAUGAAAGCUUUAUUCUGGGGUGGUUGAAGCACCUGGUGUUUUUAAGCAUUAAGUGUAUUUUGUUGGUGUGACUGAGUGUGCGUGUGUGUAUGUGAGUGUGUUAUUGUGUGAGCAUGGGGAAAUUCUAGUUUGAGCAUUAUUUCUACUAUCUUGGACUUCAAGUGGAAAAGGUUUUAAAAAAAACAUUAAAAAAAUAAAAAAGUAAUGCAUUUAAAAA